AUGUCACUUACAUCCAUCCUCUCAGCUGAUGCUAUUGAAAAUGCUGUCAAAGACUGCCAAGCUCCAGACUCCUUCUGUUAUAAAAAGUUCUUCCAACUUUGUGGCCUGAGCCAGAAAAGUCCCCAAGAGGUGAAGGAUGUCUUCUGCAUCAUAGAUGAGGAUAACAGUGGAUUUAUUGAGGAGGCUGAGCUCAAGUUCUUUCUCCAGCGAUUUUUCCCAGGGGCGCGAACCCUGACAGAAAAGGAGAUUAAGAGCCUCCUUACAGCUGCAGAUGAUGAUAGCGAUGGCCGAAUUGGAGUAGACGAGUUCCAGACUAUGGUGUUAUCCUGAAAGACUCCCUCAGCUGUAAGCACUGAAACCCCAUCUUUCAUUUGACUUUUUACACCUGAUUUCUUUUCAAAAAAAGAAGAAUCAGCACAUAAAGUAAAUGUACUUGACUUUUGAAUACUUGUGUCUUGUUUUGUUGUCCCACAUUCA